AUGGUGACAGGAGGAAUAGUUCUUGGCCAUAAGAUUUCUAACCAAGGAAUCGAAGUGGACAGGGCUAAAGUGGAACUUAUUGAAAAGCUUCCUCUACCCAGUGAUGUCAAGGCAAUUAGAAGCUUUUUAGGGCAUGCUGGCUUUUACAGAAGAUUUAUUAAAGAUUUUUCAAAAAUAGCUAAGCCCUUGAGUAAUCUCCUUGUAUCAGAUACACCAUUCAUCUUCGAUGAAACCUGCAUGUUGGCAUUCGAGCAUUUGAAAGAAAGAUUGUCCUCUGCCCCUAUCACACCUGAUUGGAACUUACCCUUUGAAUUGAUGUGUGAUGCAUCUGACUUUGCAGUAGGGGCAGUGUUAGGGCAGAGGAAAAAUAACUUAGUCCAUGUAAUAUACUAUGCUAGCAAGGUCCUCAAUGAUGCUCAAAGAAAUUAUACCACUACUGAAAAGGAAUUGCUAGCCAUAGUUUUUGCAUUUGACAAGUUUAGAUCAUACCUCAUUGGUGCUAAAGAGUUUGAUAUUGAAAUCAGAGACAAGAAGGGAGUGGAGAACAAGGUGGCAGAUCACCUAUCCAGGAUUCCUCAUGAGGAAGGGGAAACACAUGAUAUGAGUGUGAACGAGCUCUUCCCUGAUGAGCAGUUAAUGACAGUGCACAAAGCCCCAUGGUUUGCAGACAUCGCCAAUUUCAAGGCAACUAGGGCUCUACCUCCAGGGAUUAAUAAACAUCAAAAGAGGAAGCUCACGAAUGAUGCAAAAUACUUUGUCUGGGACGAGCCUUAUCUCUUCAAGAAGUGUUCAGAUGGAAUCCUUAGAAGAUGUGUCUCAGAAGAGGAAGGACGAGAAGUACUAUGGAAUUGCCACGGCUCAUACUACGGAAGCCACUUUGGAGGGGAUAGGACUGUAGCAAAGGUGUUACAAAGUGGAUUCUUUUGGCCCACUCUUUUCAAGGAUGCCAAGGAACUGAAUAUCUUCAGUCGGUUCGGAGUCCCAAGAGCCCUCAUCAGUGAUGGAGGGAGCCAUUUUUGUAAAAAACCACUAGAGGCUCUUCUCCUACAAUAUGGGGUGAAACACAAGGUAGCCACACCUUACCAUCCCCAAACAAGUGGACAAACGGAGAUAUCCAACAGAGAGCUAAAGAGGAUUCUGGAAAAGACUGUGGGUGCAUCAAGAAAGGAUUGGGCGAAGAAGCUGGAUAAUGCUCUCUGGGCAUACAGGACAGCGUUCAAAACACCACUGGGAAUGUCCCCAUAUCAACUGGUUUAUGGGAAAGCUUGCCAUCUACCACUAGAGUUGGAACACAAAGCCCUCUGGGCCAUUAAGAUACUAAACUUUGACAGCAUUGCUGCUGGUGCAAAGAGGAUCUUGCAGCUGCAAGAGAUGGAGGAAUUCAGGUCACAAGCCUAUGAAAAUACUAAGAUAUAUAAAGAGAAGGCAAAGAGGAGACAUGACCUGCAUCUUGCACCCAGGGAUUUUGAAAAAGGGCAGCAAGUAAGAGGAGAGAUUCCUCACUUCUCUGAGCAAGACCAACGAACUCUCAGGAGGUUGAGAAGAGAAGCUAGAGGAAAAGGUGUUGUUGGAGAAGAAGAAGUCUCUGAGGAAGAAGAGUAUCACGAAAUGGAAGGGAAUCACUCAAACUUGAAUGCAACAAGGGGAUUAGCUAACAAUAACCCCCCUCAAAGAAGAGUCCUAGCCUCUUACACUUUUGCAAAUCCAAGACACUGUGGGAGCAGUAUUCUCACUCCCAAUGUCAAUGCGAACAACUUUGAGUUGAAGCCACAACUUAUUACACUUGUCCAGAACAAUUGUUCCUAUGGAGAAGUCCACUAG